GGCCAAAUGUAUAUAUACACCAAGGCUGCUUGCAAAAUCGUAUGAAUGGCCCAGCGUACCCACACAUCAGUUCCUCCCCCCUCAACUGCGCUUCGUUCGAAUUGGCCAAUAUGCUGAACAUAUUGGGCGCGCAAUUGCGCAAGGUCCGCAUCGUCACCGGCGACGAUGCAAAGUCAUCUGCUGCGGCUGUUGCGGCCUCUUCCGUGGAUGAAGGCGCAGCAACCGUUCAGCUAGUGGCAGAAGGCUCGAAAAGCAACUUGCCAGUCAUGCGGGACGAAGCCAAGGCGGUACUUCAGAAGCUCGGGGUACCGCUGAUUGACUGCCAUGCCUGCCCCAACCCAUGCACCGAGAAUGAAGAACAUUCGUCGUUGCACGCCGUCGACCCGUCUUUCCUCCGUACCUGGUCCAAGCAAGAAGUGGACUUUGAAUCAGAGCUGCUUGGCACGACAUCUCCAUUCUUGCGACACGUGCUCGUUUCUACUGGCCAACGGGACUGGCCGAAACACAUCGCUGAGGUUAGCGGAAGUUUGGCGCAGCUGCUUUCCAAUUUGGCAGCUGGAGAGACCGAGACGACGGACGAUGCGGAGGAGUCAGUUCCCCCAAAGGGGUGUUGGGGGACCGCGCCGGCAGCAGCAGCAAGGCAAGGUCUUGGAAAACGGCCGACAAAAAUCACGGUCAGCAACUCAUCGCAUCAUAGCCAGUCGGACGAGCUCCACCUUGAGAGCUUGUUCGUUUUUCCCGACUGGCUUUGCAUUUCGAAUGUCCCUUCCUUGCGGGAUGCGCCGGAACAAGAAGCCAUCAAGAGAAGCGAGACGGUGAAAACUACCUACCGACGUUGGCUCAGCCCCACUGAGCCCAGGGAUGAUUUGCCAGAACCCGCAGCCAGGACGAUGUGCUCUGUCUUGCCUUAUUCGGCCGUCAUUUUGUUAUGCUCCCACAAGAAGCGCGACGUGCGAUGCCACAUCGCUGCGCCAGUGCUGGCGGAAGCGUUCAAGAGCCUCGCUGAACAAGACGGCUGGCACGUGGAUGAGAGGGGCGAUGACUGCCUCCUGACCCGUCCGCCGCCCCAGCAGGACGGCACAUGGUCCGGCCAUGUACAGCAACAAAAACGUGACAAGGACGGUCUCCAGGCAGAAAGAGGGUUUGGCUUUGUCGAGCCGGGUGUAUCAAUAGAAGAGCAGGAGAGGCAGGUUACCGCAUGGAGAAAGCGCGCAGCCAGCCCGAGCGACGAGAAGCAUCUCGGCAUCUUCUAUUGCAGUCACAUCGGCGGUCAUCGGUAUGCUGGGAACGUGAUCAUUUACUUUCCCAACGGUGCAGGGGUAUGGUACGGCCGCGUCUCACCCGACCCUGCCAAGGGUGACGUGGCCAAGGUCUGGCGCGAGACGGUAGUGGGUGGCAAGGUUAUUCAAGAAUUCCUGCGCGCGGGCAUCAACCUCGUGCGCUCUACGCCGUCAAAAGCAGGGCAGCAGCACUUUCGACCUAUCAAUGACUGGUAGACGAUUGAUCACAGGCAUCACAUGGAGCUUGCAUAAUUAUAGAGGUAUCACAUUCUGCAUGAGAUUCAACAUGUUGCAUUUUUGCAUUUUUACUUCAAUGUCUAUACCUCUAGUUGAUU